GUGGGGCCGAGAGCGCCGAGCUGCGGCGGGCCGGGCUGGGCAGCCGCUCCGAAGAUGCGGGAUGGCUGCGGAGGCGCCGGCGGCCGGCCUGUCCCACCGCACCACGGGAUCCACCUGCCUGCACCCGCUCAGCGAGCUGCUGCGCAUCCCGCUGGACCAGGUUAACUUCGUGGCCUGCCAGCUGUUCGCCUUGCUUGCUGCUUUCUGGUUUCGCAUCUACUUACAUCCUGGGAAAACAAGUUCUGAGGUCCGGCAUGCAAUCGCCACCAUUCUGGGCAUUUAUUUUGUAAUUUUUUGCUUUGGCUGGUAUUCCAUACAUCUUUUUGUUCUGGUAUUAAUGUGUUAUGGCAUUAUGGUCACUGCAAGUGUAAGCAAUAUUCACAGAUACACCUUUUUUGUAGCAAUGGGAUACCUUACAAUAUGCCACAUCAGCCGGAUAUACAUCUUCCACUAUGGCAUUCUCACUACAGAUUUUUCUGGGCCUCUGAUGAUUGUCACCCAGAAGAUCACCACCUUGGCUUUUCAGGUUCAUGAUGGACUAGGUCGAAAGGCUGAAGACCUCUCUGGUGAGCAGCGCCGACUUGCUGUGAAAGUGAAGCCUUCUUUUUUGGAAUAUUUAAGCUACCUUCUCAAUUUCAUGAGCGUCAUUGCUGGUCCUUGUAACAACUUCAAGGACUACGUGGCCUUCAUUGAAGGGAGACACAUACACAUGCAGUUGCUGGGCGUGAACUGGAAGCACAGAGGUUUCCACAGCCUGCCGGAGCCUUCUCCUAAUAGAGCUGUGAUACAGAAGUUGUGCGUCACUUUGGUGUCUCUCCUGUUGUUCUUGACAUUGACAAAGACAUUCCCCAUCACCUGCCUUGCUGACGACUGGUUUGUUCAUGAAGCAGACUUUCUGACGCGGCUCUUCUAUUUAUAUGUGGUCAUGCAGGCCGCAAAGCCCAAGUAUUAUUUCGCGUGGACAUUAGCGGAUGCAGUCCAUAAUGCAGCUGGUUUCGGGUUCAGUGGUGUGGAUAAGAAUGGAAAUUUCUGUUGGGAUCUGCUUUCCAACCUAAACAUCUGGAAAAUUGAGACUGCCACAAGUCUCAAGAUAUACUUAGAAAACUGGAACAUCCAGACAGCGGCGUGGCUAAAAUGUGUUUGCUAUGAGCGGGUUCCAUGGUACCCUACGGUGCUAACCUUCGUCCUGUCUGCCCUGUGGCAUGGGGUCUACCCUGGGUAUUAUUUCACCUUCUUAACUGGAGUCCUUGUCACAUUAGCGGCUAGAGUGGUGAGGAGCAACUGCAGACAGUACUUCCAUUCUUCCAAAGCUCUCAAGGCUGUUUAUGACACGGCGACCUGGGCUGCCACUCAGCUGACCGUCUCUUAUAUAGCAGCACCUUUUGUGAUGCUGGCAGUUGAACCAACCAUCAGUUUAUACAGGUCCAUGUACUUUUACUUACAUAUUGUAAGUCUCCUGCUAAUACUUUCUCUGCCAAUCAAACCACAAGCCCAUGCACCAAGGCAGCCUUGGACUCUGAAUUCUCUUCCUAAGAAGAAAACAGACUGAUACCUCGGAGAGGAGCUGAGCAAGUGGAGUUGCAAAACAUUGGAAAGAGGAGCUGAAAAAGCUCAAGGGUUCUCUAGUUACUUAGAGGCGAUGUUUACACACAUCCUUUUUUUUUUUCUCCUUGAUUGCAGGGAGUAUUUUUAUAAAGGCUUUAUGCAUAGCUAAAUCAGCCUUGUUAUCUUAAUUGUCUUAAUAUUUUAUAGAACCUUUCAGUGGUGUGGAGAUUUGGAGAGUGUACAGAGCUUCCGAGACAGUCCAUGUGAGGCUCCUAGGUCUGUCUUUCUGGCAUGAUUUCCAGCUAUUGAAAUCUGGAUGCUGAGAAUCCAGGCAUUGGCUCAGAAGUUAGAAGGUGAUUGCUUAGGAAAAUUGAUCAUGAAUUUCUUAAAUUAGAUCAUCCCCCUGCAUGGUUGUUCCUCGGAAAGCUCCAUACUGUUUGACAUGAUGUGUGACAUUAUGGACAAAAUAAUCACACUCAGAAGACUCUGGAGGAGGAGAUGGGUCGUGGAAGAAGGUUUUCAGGGUACCGAAAGCUCUGCGAGAUAGGACGACUGACCUGAGCACUUGAAUGGACUGGUGUGCCUGCAGCUGGGCUGCACUUUUUAAAGGAAUGUAACCCUUGAUUUUUCUUCUGGACUGAGCCAAGAUGGAAAUCAGAAAGGCCCCACCUGUGUGUGUGUGUCUGUUGGGGGCUCCUGUUUCCAUUUCGCAUGCAUCUGCUUCCAUUGGCUUGCCCAGGAGUGGCCUGAGAAGGCACCUGAUUCCCACCUGCAACCCCAGAAAAAUGCCUUUUAGAGAAACAAAAAAGUGAAAGUUAUGUAGAAGUUUGGUGAGAAGCAGCAGAUGUGUCUCACUUUUCCCUCUUCACUUCUCGGGGGUGUUCAUGAUCAUGGCCAUGACAUACGCAUGCGCUGAUUUUCAUUUUCCAAGUUUCACAACUGAUUAAACCUGUCUUGGCUUUGCUUUUGUUGAAUCAUUGUACUGAUAACAGAAACCGAUCGAGUUUUCUGUCUUUGUUAGGAACGUGCUGUGGCUCCUUUUGGCAACUUCUAUUGGGGGAAUGAUCAUGCAGGAGAAGGAAAUGUGGUAUUAAAUGUUGUGGAAAAUAAUAAUAAUGAUAAUAUUAAAUAUAUGCUGCAAUGAUGUGCCUUCAAUCAAAUGACUUGGGGGGAUUGUUCAAAACAAAUGGUAAAAAGUUAGUUUCUCACUGAAUAAAUGGUAUGUUUCUAUAUAAAAGAACUGUUUCUCAAUGGAAGCGUUACUUUUUGUGUCAAGAAAUUUGAUAUGUAGAGUAUGUGUGUUUAUUCAACAAAUGUGCACAAUUUAAAGUCUCACCUGCCUAUAACUUGAGCAGUACAUCAUGCUUAACUUUUACUGUGUGUGUCAGACAAGGGAAAGAUUUGGGGUUUUUUGGUACAAUUUCUCAUCAUCAUCACCAGCUGUGUAGGUGGGAUUUAUUUCCUGUGCAGAAGAAGGAACUGAGAACGAGAAAUGUACUCAUUGCCCGAGGGCCACAGAGGUAGU